UACAGGUGGUCGCGGUUUCUUUUACGAGUUUAUUCUAACACUAUCCAGGGAGCUGGAUGUUGACACAGGAUUGUGUUGAUUAGCGAGUGUGGCUAAGUUGAUGCGCCACGCGUUUAGACGAGGCCUGGUAGCGCAGGGGUGAUUAUAUUAGUGUACACCGUUAGGAACAUCGGGAAAAGUGAGUAAUGUUAACCAUUAUAAUAUUUUGGUGAUGUAAGUGUAUUGUGUGAGUGUCAUUGUAAUGUAACUAUUAGUGCACUUCUAAGAUGUUUUGUUUUCUUCCUAGAGUGCCACUACCGUAUUGUUAGUAUUGUUAGUGUUGUUAGUAUUAUUACUGUGGGAAUUAUUGCUCUUUCUGUUUAAUUAUGGUAAGGAAACAAGGACAAAUUUGUGUUUUCCUUCAUUUAUAAUGGGAGUCAUUUAUUGUUUAGAACAGAAGUAAUUCUGACGCUGUACUUUGGUUUAUUUGUUUCCUUUUUUUCCCCUUUUCUGUUCAGUUAAAUACAAAUGAAAUGUAGACUCCUAACCAAUCACAUGGAAUAAAUUGUGAACCCCAUCGGAUUUUUUUUGUGGAACCUGUGUUUUAUUUUCCUACGGCCACAUUUUGGUACCAGGAGUGGGGUAUUCCAACAGAGUUAGGAGAGUCAGUGUUGUUGUGUGUGUAAUGUAAAGUGCAGUAUAUGAUACGGUAGUGGUGAAGAGUGGACGGAAGAUUCCUGGGGGCGGAUCAUCGUGAAGCAUCACAGAGACAGCAAGAUCUUAUCAGCUGGAUGGACUUUUCAACAACUGUUACAUCAGACCAGUAGGUCUUUGAGCACUUAUCAGUGUCAGAUCUUUGUAAAAAAAAAAUUAAUGAUUUGAUUUCACCAUGUUGGCCCCAGAUGAUGACCACAGUGUGGCUAAUCUAACAGAACAAAUUAGAGAGUUGCAGAGUAAACAUGAACAAGCAAUGGCUGCGAUUUCUUCCCUGAAUCAGACAUCCUAUGUGUAUGUUCCUAGAGAAAGGCACAUACUACCAUAUUGUGGUGAUCUAGAAAAAGAUGGCAGGUCUGUUGAUGAUUUUAUAGAGGAAGUCGAGCGGGUGCUGCGUGCUAGACAUCAGUCUGUCCAAGAUCAGUAUGACUUUGUGAUGUCUUUGUUACGGGGCCCAGCCUUAGAAGAGGUUCGCCUUCGUAGUGUUACUGAUGAUGAGAUUGCCGAUUUGUUUGAGUACCUUAGGGAGGCUUUUAGGGACAAACGUAGCACACCUCAGCUCCUACACAGUUUCUAUAGUAGAAAACAAUUAGAGGGGGAAAGUAUACGAGAUUUCUCUCAUGCCCUGUCACAAGCUCUCAACUGGAUUGUAAAAUGUUCCCCAGAUUAUAUCGCAAAUGGGAGAGUAGCAUUAAGGGAUCAGUUUGUUGAAGGUGUCCGUGAUCCAUCCCUCCGAAGGGAGCUUCGAAAGUUUGUGAGAGACCAUCCUAGGUGUACAAUGAUGGAUGUGAGAGAUGAAGCCCAGCUUUGGGCUGCAGAAGAGUCCUCAGCUAGUUCAAAGACUAGCAAGUCACGCUAUGGUAGUAAUAUGACACAGUGUUCAGCUCUCAGAGUCCAAGAAAAGAAACCUGUCACCUUGGAGGAUGUUCUUGAUGUGGUAGCCGAGCAGGGAAAGGCAACUAGUGAACUGACUCAAGUUGUGAAGCGUCUGUCUGUCAGAAAUAGUGCAAGUUUGGAGGCCCCUAGGCCUAGGUCCCAACCAAAAUUCACUGAAGAUGGGAAACCAAUAUGUUUCAGAUGUCAAGUUGCUGGACAUGUGGCAAAGAAUUGUCCACAAAGACAGAGCUCUAGAGCAGUGAAGCCUGUAUCGUCUGACUCGCAAGGAAACAAGAGUCCCCAGGUUGUUGGGAGUCGAGCGAUUCAGGGUGGGCGGACAGACUCGAAAGAUGCACUCCCAGCCUGUGACCAGUUGUUGCAACGUGCUGUUGGUACAUGUCCUGUGGUAGAGCUUUUCAACACCACCUUAGGGGGUAUUUCAACACCACCUUAGGGGGCAAAUUAGAUUCCGAUUGGAUGCAUGUUUUUCAGAAAGUACAUACAUGUGCUGUAAAUCGGAAAUCUGUUGUUCGUAUAGCUGGAAAAUGGAUGGAACACAUACCUGCAGAAUCUGUUGUGACAAUUCCAAUGAAGGGCUUCAGAAGUGGUGUUGGGGAGGAAAGUCCUCUGUUGUUAGAGCCUCUUAGCACUCCUUUGCCGGGAGGUUUGAUAGUCAUUCCCUCCCUCGUUGAUGCACACUGUAACUGCAUACCUGUCAAAAUUCUGAAUCGCUCUCAGGAGGAUGUUUGGUUAUCACCCAGAACUCGCUUAGGUACUCUGUCAAGGGUAGAGGGCAUAGACAGUUUACAGCAGUAUGAGGUGCAGUUUCGAAGGAUUUCUGCCGAUCUUGAACAGGUGACUUUAAAUAUGAAGAGUGGACAAAGCAGAGAUCGGGUGAAGGACAUCUUGGAUAAGGUUGAUGUAGGUGGAAGUGAGUAUGAGCAAACUCAGCUUAGGUCAUUGUUGGCAAAGUAUGUUGAUAUCUUUGCCCUCACUGAGGAAGACCUAGGUUAUACAGACCAGAUUACACAUGGAAUUCAUCUAACCGAUGAUGAGCCUGUCACCCAGCCCUACCGUCGCAUUCCUCCUAAUCAGUAUGAAGAAGUAAAGGAUCACAUCUCACGCCUGGUAAAGAAAGGAGUCAUACAAGAGAGUAAUAGUGCCUAUGCUUCCCCAAUUGUGCUGGUACGUAAAGUAGAUGGCAGUAUAAGGCUGUGUGUAGACUAUCGUAAGCUAAAUCAGAAAACAAAAAGAGAUGCCUUUCCAUUACCCCGUAUCGAUGAGAGCUUUGAUGCUCUGCAGGGGGCAUGUUAUUUUUCGACAAUUGAUUUAGCAAGUGGCUAUCAUCAGGUGGCUGUGGCAGAAGGAGACAGACACAAGACGGCAUUCUCAACUCCUUUUGGGCUCUAUGAAUUUUUGCGUAUGCCUUUCGGGGUCUGCAAUGGACCUGCAACCUUCCAAAGGCUGAUGCAGGCCACUAUGAAUGAUCUUGUUUUCCAGAUUUUGUUAGUGUACCUGGAUGAUAUUUUGGUAUAUUCCUCAACAUUCCAGGAGCACUUGGUAAGGCUGGAAACUGUACUGAAGAGGCUGAAGGACACUGGUCUCAAGGUCAAGUUAGACAAAUGUCACUUUCUUCAGACAGAGGUAGUGUUCUUGGGACAUCGAAUUUCUGCCGAUGGUAUUGGCACAGGCCCUAUGAAAGUAGCAGUUAUAAGACAGUGGCCAGUUCCAUCUACACUGAAGGAAUUGAGAUCAUUCCUUGGACUUUGCAGUUAUUACAGACGAUUCAUUCAGGGGUUCUCGAAGAUCGCUGGCCCACUUCAUGAUGUGGUAAAUUCAUGUCUGGCCAAUAAAAGCUCCCGCAGAAUUGUUGUCUUUUUGGGGAGACGGUGGACUGAAGAAUGUCAAACAGCUUUUGAUACACUCAAGGAUAAGAUCACUAGUGCACCUAUUUUUGCACUAUUGUUGAAAAUAGUUUGUUGUUGGGCAAUUGUUGAAAAGUUUCGGGGUUAUUUGUUGGGGUCCAGAUUUACUGUGAUAACUGACAAUAAUCCUUUAUGCCACUUAAAGACAGCAAAGUUUGGAGCGAUAGAACGGAGAUGGGUUUCACAGCUGUCUGUCUUUGAUUUUGAUGUGCAGUAUCGUCCGGGGUAUCGAAACACAGUAGCGGAUGCACUGUCUAGGCAGCCAUUUGCAGGGGAGCCUGACCCAGUCUCGGAGGACGCCGAGUAUGAUGGGUGUGUAGCGGUCUGUGGUUGGAUUCAUCGUGGUACAGACUUGGAUGUGGCACUUGUGGCAGCUGGGACGAGCAGCUGUAAAGUGAGGCAAAUGCGAGCUGCUGUGGUGUCCAACACUAAUGAUGGUAGUCCUCGAGGUCAGGGAAAUACCCCUACAUUUCCAGGUUACUCAACUGAUGAAUUAAUGGUUCUUCAGCAGAAAGACUUGGUGAUUAGAUUACAUGUGAAGCGGAUGACUCUCGAUAUCUGCACUAGGGAAUCUCGUCAGAAUUCAGAUCCGAAGCUUCAGACGUCACAUAGCACGUUGCCUUGGAGAGCUUCUGUGACGUGUUUCACUCAUCACAAGAAAACUGCGAAGGUGUCGCUAUUCAGAUUGCAUACCAACCUUGGAAGUCUGGAGGAAAAUCAACUGCGUAAGGAGUGCAAGAAAUUGGAGGAGAAACUGCGUGUGCCUCAGAGUCAGCGGCUCAGGCAGGCUGACAUCCGCUGUGUCCAGCAGCUCCGGGCUCUCCUGAAGCGCCGCGACGAGCUCGACAAGUGUGUGGAAAAAGAGAGACUCAUUCAAAUCCAGAGUGUUCAGAAGAAACUGGAAGAGCAUAAGCGGAAGGCUCACGCUCGCCACACUGAAGAGGUCACUCACAAGCUGGAAAAUAAACUGGAACGCACUCUCAUUCGCCACAACAAGAAGGUGGUGAAGAAACAUCAGCUGAAAGAGGAGAUAGAGAAGCUGCAAAAGGACCAUGUUCAUUUCCAGCAGCUGCACCACUGUCAGCAUGAGGAGCUUCAGAAAGUCCAGCAGGAGAUUGCUGAACUCAUGACCAUGAUAGAGGAAGAACAUGAUGUCAGGGAGAAAAUACUGACAAAACUGGAGAAUUUGAAGGAGAAGAAUGAGAAGAAUAAGAAGAAACGGCUUCAACAAAUCGCUGAGGUGGAUGAGCUGAAGAGGCAGCUUGAAGUGGAGCAACGUCUUGAUAAGUUCAUAGAAACUAAGUGUCGUGAGAGGAAAGGACUGGAGGAGGCACAACUCAGACGCGGUGAAGAAAAGUUCAUCUUUUACUAUAGAUACCUUACUGAGCAAAGAAGAGAGAUUGAGGAUUUGAAAGCUGAAAUCAGAUCGACAAAAGAGGAGAUGGAGAAGUUGAGAGAUCGGAGAUCGGAAGAACCCCCCACCCUCAAUCAGCAGAGAGACAUUGAAUCUCAGAUCCAGGAACUCACUGAGAUCCUGGAUCAGCUUAAUACAGGGGUGAGCGACUUGUAUCAUGAGAUCGGUUGCGAUCCUCCGUUGGACAAAGUGCUCAGUUGUCCAGGUUGGCUUAAAGACUCCAGCCUUACAAUUCACCUGAGGCUACUGGCCCAGAAAACCAGUGAGCUGGUCGCUGUCCAGAAUUUCAUCAAAUUCAAGGAUCAGGAUCAGGAACUAGCUCAGGUGCCGGCUCUUGUCGUUCAGCCUCCUGCCGAGCAGCCUCUUGAAUUUAGUGAUAUGGAUCAAGUGAGUAUCCCCGAUUAUGACAAGCGACCUUUGACCCUGGAAGAACUUCGCCAGUUCGUUACGAAAAUGAAAAAGUGA